AUGGCAAAGCGCCACCCAUACCGCUCCCUCCUCCAUGCACUCUUUUUGAUCCUCCAACUCGGCUCCCUUCAAGUUUCAUGGGCCAACCCAAACCCAGCGCCGUGGGGUAGACCCGGCGGUGGCAUGGGCGAAGGUCCCGGUGGUGGCUGGGAUGUGUUCCCCUUCACGCGGACAUUCACGGACCGCUGGGGACAUGUUACCAUCUCGACUGGUACGACCAGCACCACCAAAGCGGCUAACCCGCCGCCGACUACACAUGCCGCUGACCCGACUACGAAUAACAACCCGGCGGACCCGGCCCCGACAAAAGCCCCAGCAAAUCCCCAAUCAAAUGCACCAGAGAACUCGAAACCUACAUCGGUAAACGCAGGCCCCGGCGGGAGCUCUGACGUGUUUUCGAGUUUGUCACUGCCAUGGCAUCCGCAAGGAAAGUCGUCUUCAACGACCGUCGUUUCCAAACCGUCCAACAUCGUCCUUCCAGCCUCCAGCAGCAAGGGGGCACCGGUCGCGUCUCCCCCCACCAGCAGCGGUACAUCUUCGCAAAGUCAAGACCAGACUCCAUCUACUGCUUCGUCACGCAAUCACACCCCCGUCGCCGCGAUUGUUGUCCCGCUCCUCUUUGCCAUAACAGUGCUCGGUAUCGUGGCAACGCUGUGCUACCGCCGCCGUCGUGCCAGAGCUAAUCAGAAGAAGUGGGAAGGAAGCCGUCUUCCUGAGAUAGAUGAACAGCCAUCAAGGGUGUCGAGGAUCUCGAGUCUAUUCGCCUUGGGUGCGACGCGGAACGGGCAAGGGACGCAAAGAAACACCUUGUAUGGACAGGAGUGGAAACGGCUGCAGAGUCCGAGCCCGGGAGUUAUGGUGAUCCAGCCGCAGACGUCGACGCCAACGCGAUCGGACAUGGACGUGGAAAGUGUUGCCGAGGGACCCGGCCCGGAUUUGUCCGAGUUCCCGCCCACGCCAUCUUCGACGCGCCAGUUGCUCUCGCCGCAACCUCAUUCUACGCGGUCAUCCACACAGACUAGCGGUAGUGUUCUGGUUAAUCCGAGUACCUCCGUUCAUAACCCUGCCUAUGCCGGCGUCGUUGAUCCUGAACCAAACAUGGAAAUCGACCUUGGUUAUGCAGCACCACAUGGAAUUCGCCACUCCGCGAUAUCUCAAACCUCGACCGUCGUCGACGAUGUUGACGGGUCCUCUUUGUACCUCCCUACACCGUUCCUCCUCUCCAACCUCGCACACCGCCCGCCCUCCGCGAUGCACUCCGACAUCUCCACCAUCGACGGCGCGCGGGAGGACGCGGCAUCGCGCGCCGGGACGCACGAGUCCGAUCCGUUCGGUGAUGGGCACGCGGCCCUCAGCCCGGGCUCGGUCUCCGUUUACAGCUCCGAGGUCGGGCACGACAGUGUCGCCGCCGGCGUGCACUCGCGCUCCCCGCUGCACGCGCAAGACGAGCCUGCGCUGGCCGAGUCGCAUUCCCGUCCCACGACCAUUUCGGUGACGCCGCCCACGGUCCGGCCACUGCCUGUUCCCGCGGUCCCGCCCAUGUAUACACAGAACGCGCCAGCCGCUGCGAGUGGGAAGAUGUAUUGA